UGUUGGAUGCGUUUCUUCAUGGAAUAAUUGCGCAGCGCAGAAGCAGAAAGAAAACUGCCUGAUGUGGAGGUUUGGACCUCGGGAGCUGUUUUUAAACUGCUGCUGGUUCGGCUUUAACCACUGAGCUUUUCAUGUGGCAAAAUUCAGUAAGAAAAAAAAAUAGAGAUUAACAGGAAUUUUUCGUGAAGUUGCUAUUCUGCAUCUGGAUCCUGCGCAUGGAAGAAGGAGUGUGUAAAAAAGCAGUGGGACUUCCUCAGUAGUUUGGAGAAGUAAAAUGCGGAAUAAAAGCUGCGUCUAGAAGGAUGCUGCUGCUUUUACAAUGGAAGUGAAGAACUGUUUCGCGGUUCCUGCGGUGGUUUGUCUCUUCUUUUUCUGCGUUUUCAGCCAACAACUCAACCCGAAAGGCAGGAAUGUGUGCAGGGCACCGGGGUCAUCAGGACUGGUCUGCUGCAGCGGAUGGAGGCAGCUAAGGGAUGAAUGUCCAACAGCUCUGUGUGAAGGCAACUUCACCUGUAAGGAAAACGAGGUGUGUGUCAGGCCGAAUGAAUGUCGCUGCCGCCAUGGAUACUUCGGAGCCAGCUGUGACACAAAGUGCCCUGCCCAGUUCUGGGGGCCCGACUGCAAGGGGAAAUGUAACUGUUAUCCUAAUGGCCAGUGUGACGACUUGACUGGGAAGUGUACCUGUAACCACAAUCGCUGGGGGUCUCAGUGCGAGAAGGCUUGUCAGUGCCAAAAGGGCAAGUGUGACCAAGAAACAGGGAAAUGCACAUGUCACCCUGGGGCCUGGGGCGCGCAGUGCAACAACAACUGCUACUGCAGCGUCAACUCCGUGUGCGAUGUGAACACGGGUCGAUGCCUGUGCCACCCCGGCUGGAUGGGCAGGAACUGCGCGGCCCAGUGCAACUGCAACAACUCGCCGUGCGAGCAGUACACGGGGCGCUGCCAGUGUCCGGAGAAGCUGUGGGGUCUACGGUGCGAAAGAUACUGCCAGUGCGUCCAUGGCAAGUGCAACCAGGCUGAUGGAUCGUGUACUUGCACGCCUGGUUAUCGUGGGAAAUUCUGCAGGGAGCCGUGUCCCGCUGGAUUUUAUGGUCAAAACUGCAGGAACAGGUGUGGGCACUGCAAAGGCCAGCAGCCCUGUAAGGUGACAGAGGGACGCUGUAUCACCUGCGACAGAGGCUGGAACGGGACACGGUGCGACCAGCUUUGUUCCAAGGGCUUCUUUGGUGAAAACUGCCAGGAAGUUUGUCCCGCCUGCAAAGAUGGUCACCACUGUGACCCCAUUCAUGGCAAAUGUUCUCACUGUAACCCUGGCUGGAUUGGGGACAGGUGUGAGGUACGUUGUCCCAAUGGCACGUAUGGCGAGAACUGCGAGAACAACUGCAGCCACUGUUUUAACGGCAUCUGUCAUGUUGUCACCGGAGAGUGCCUUUGUGACCCAGGCUUUUAUGGCCCCUACUGCAACAUGACCUGCCAGCCUGGCCAGUAUGGAGUCAACUGCAACCAAACCUGCCCCUGCCAUGACAAGAACUGUGAUCCUGUGUCUGGUGCCUGCCAUCUUCAGCCCAACCAGCGGAUGGGUGUGAUCGCAGCUGGUUCUUUGGUCUCCUUUUUACUGAUUGUCCUUCUUACACUGCUGUGCUGCUGCUGCCUCUGUCAACUAAAAGACGGCCACAACGCAAACCAAGACAACUCGACCAACAACAAAAAAGCCAAGCGGAUUUUGUGCGGACGAUUCAGCAGAAUCAGCACCAAACUUCCCCGUAUUCCACUGAGGCGACAGAAACUGCCCAAAGUAGUAGUAGCACACCACGACCCGGAGAACACCUUCAACUGCAGCUUCAUCGAGCCCCCGUCUGUGGCGGAGCAGCCGUCCCCCUCCUCCUGGUCAUCCCAGGAGUCCUUCUCUUCCUUUGAGAGCGGAGACGAGGGGCCAGUUUACUGUGUCCCACAUGAAGAAACUGUGAGUGAGAGCAAAGAGAAGCAGACCCUCGGCCCUGCUGCAGAGGAAGGAGAUGAACUCAACGAGGAGGAUGCAGGGGAGUACACCUCUCUUAAAGACACAGGCAUCAAACCGGAAAGCGGUGAGCAGUCUUUACUCAAGUCCUCCGACAGCGAGGCUUCUAACAGUGGCUCGGAGUCUGCAGCCCACUACGCCUGCAUCUCCCGCCUCUCCAAACAAUCCAAGGACGAAGAUGGCAAAGGUCAUGAUGGCACCCCUACACCAGAAGCCAAGCGCAGUGGGAAACCACCUGCUUCACCUGGCAAGCCAAAACCACGCCCACCAGAUCCGUCUACUAAGCCCAAAGUGUCAUGGAUACAUGGAAAUACAACAGGCCCUUCACAGCCGGAGCAACAAGCGGGGAUUAAGGUACUUACAGUACCAAAAGAGAAAAAAAGAAGCUCCAGUGAUGGCUCAGCCAAGAGUGAGGAGAGGCAGAAAAUGAAGGAAAAGAGUCGAGACCAGCAGAAGGAGGACGAGGGCAAGGAGGCAAACGGCUCCCCCAGCAGACACAAUCCCCUGCGAGGUAAAAGAUCUGGGGAUGAGCACAGCAGUCCAAAUCACAUGGUGCACAUCAACGGUGUUGUUCAAAACGCCUUAAAGAAGAUAAGUAACUUCCGCUGCUCCUCACCUGAAAAGAAGGCUACCGAAAACCCAAAGCAGACCCCCAAGGAGCCUCCAAAGAGCCCAAAGGUGAUCCAUCCUCAUAUGAACUCUGAAGCAGCCACUCUGCUCGCUGCUCAGCUCAAGGAAAAAACUCAAAGCAUCAACAGGAACGAGGGAACAGGACUGACAAAAACCAACGGGUUCUCUUUACCCAAGGGCAACCAGGAGAAGCCCACUCCUCCACAGAAAGCCAAAAGGACCAUCUCCAGUGGACUCAGCCAGAAGGGCUCUGCCAAGCCCCUGCUGCCCACUUCAAGCAGCCUCCAGAAGAUGGUGGCACCCGUCAGCAACGACUUUCAGACCUCUGACGUCAAGAGCCCGGAGAAGCAGGACUUGAACGGCUCUAAGACGGGGGACCUGUUGGAUUCUACACCAAAGAAGACGCCUAUAAAAAAGCCACCAAGGAAAAAAGGCAAAGGGGGUUUACUGGAUACCCCUGAAAGUAAACCCUCCCAGCCAAAGACAGCCAUUAUGCCACCCCAGGUUGUGAAGUAAGUGUUUUAAAUAAUAAUAAUUAAAAAAACGAACAAAGUUUGUGAAGAUUUUUCCAAAAGACUGAUUUUUUUAAGAUGGUAGCAACCGCAUAGUUUUUUAAAGAACAAUGUGUGCUGUGACUGAAAGACAAUUCAAGGUUAGAACAUUUUUUAAAACCAAGGGUGUAAUUGCAUCAUAGUGGGGAGGUGUAUUAUAUUAACAUUUAUGCAUCGUUGUAUUAAACUUCAAGGAAUGUGUUUUGUAACCAGUAUGUAUCGCUUUCACCUCACAACCUUUGACUAUGACCAACACAACUGAGUAAAUAGUGAGGCAUAGGCAUUUUACAAAGUACAUUCAUCUGUAUGCAAUCCUUAUAUACACUAAUAAGCAAUUUACAAAGCAAGUACGCAGUUUUUAAAAAAUAGUAUUUUCUAUAUAUUCCUUCCACAGGUACAAACAACUAAUGGUUGCUUUUAUGAUCACAAGCUAUUCUUUUAUUUGUUCUUUCUAACAUAACAUCAAAGACUGUUCUGGAAAUAAUCCUCACUCGCUCACUGCACAUUAAUAUUUACUUUCUCAAGGAUAAAAUGUCUAACGUUUCUGUCAGAUUGAUAAGCUUUCAUUAUUAUCAAAAAUAUUUACAAUAUCUUUCACUCCCAAAAUCAUUUACAAUAAUAUUCUGGGAUAAAAUAAUAAUGCUAUUUAUAAUAAUAAAAAUGCUCCAAACAUUGAUAAAUAAAGCCACACAAGGCCUUCUCUUUAAAACGUACAAAGUAUCUAUCAUUUGCACUAGUUCACACUCUUCUUACUCAGUUAUAUGUUUUGUUCAAUUACAGAACUCUGGUUUUCUCCUUUUGCCAACACUAUGUCACCACAAUACAGCCUUUUUGCAAGUUUUCCAAGAGCUACACCAGAUUUUUCCAAUCAAAGGGCUAUAACUAGGUACACAAUCAGCUAACAUGAAGUAUUUUUAGUCUUUUUUUCUUUUCUUUUUUUAAAUGGUGGCACACUGCCGGGUGGGUGUCAGUUCAUUCAGUUUGGCUGAAUUCUUGUUUCAUAAAAAAAAUGCUAUUUUUUUUCUGUUGAAGACAAUUAAUCAAUAUUUUUUUCUUUUUUUUAAUCUAUAGCAAGGCACACAUACUGCAUUGGUGUAUUUGUCAGAAAUGUUUAAUUUGUAGCCUGUGCUCAUCUGUAAAGAGUUAGGCUGCAAGAAGUUGAACAAGAGCAUUUCAGGUGCAAACCAGCUUUUUAAAUCCACCCAUGCACCAAAUCACUAAGCUAAACUAAAAAAAAAUGAAAUAAAAUAAAUGACAUCACCAUAUGCCAUGCGUUUAAUACCGUUUAAUUCCUUUUUUUUCUUCAACUGGUGAUAAUCUGCAAUUUUCCAUAAAUCCUUUUCUGUUAUCAGUUGUUAUUUUUAGCUGAUCGUUUGCCAGAAGCACUCUGUCAUGUGUUUCUGUGCUCCGUUUAGAAAUUAGGUCAACUUUAAGUGAUCUUGGUUUGACAUGAAUCUCAGCAGGAUAACGUGUGGAAAUGUUCGGCUCCUCAAGGAUUGUCUAAAGCUAGCUGAUUUAUGCUAAAAGAAGGAAAAAAUAGGGUUUAAUUUUCUUGCUUUGGGUCAAAACUGAGAUUAAUGGUACGUUGUCUUGUGGAAAAAAAAGUGCCUGAACUGUAAAUUAGUUAAAGGAAAAAGAUAAGUUGCCAAUGUUUUAAGUGCUUAUUCUAAAAUCAAAAUAAAGUAGUGGGGUCAGUAUGUACAACUGGAGUAAUUAAGCUUGUCAAGGAGAAAAAACUAUAUAGUAUGAUUGAUGGCUAUGUUGAAAAGUGCCUUUCAUAAGAGCUAUAAACUUUGUGUAAAUAAAGCAAAAAGUUUUGUUAACCUGCCAUUGACGUGUUUUCAGCUCCAGAAUGUCACAUUUAUGGAAUGACUUUGUCAUCAAGGUACAAAACAUUUUUAUAGCUAUUUUUGUUUUGUUUUUUCACUUUUUUACUUGUAUACAUUGUGUACUUUUUCUUAUCUUUGUAAGCUGUGCUUAUAUGACCUUUCAGGUUCUGUGUUUUUUUUUUGUCCCAGUGAAAUUACUUUUUUAUCGUUUCUGCUUAUUUUUUGUUGUUUUUCCUGUGUUGCUUAUUUUGGGCUCAGAAGCACGUCUGCAGUAUGAGUACUUCCCUUCUGUAAAGUUUACAUUGGCUUUGUAAUUGUUCUCUGUUGAUGUUAUUGUUUGUGUAACACUUAACUGCAUGACGCAGAGUGUAAUUAUAUGGCAUUAUAGCUGCAGAGGACAUCUGUAACCUUCUUGAUCCUUUCAUUUGUAAUUGCCUCUGAUAAAACCAUACUAAAAGGAUUGUACAAAACUACCGUAAUACCACUUUUUGUUGCAAAUACUUAAAACCAUAUUGUUCAAUUAUAAAGUUACACGUUUGUCUAACUGGC